UGAUCAACCUGGUAGAUAUUUCAAUUUCACGAACUGUACUACAUAGGUACAUGUAGAUUGUGUAAUUAUUUAGAACAUCUAUAUCAGUUAAACUUCUGCUUGUGAGGUUCGUGUUUUGUAUUCAACCUGAAUGUAUAGGGAUUCACGUUAAUAGUGUUUAAAUUGAACCGUGUAAAUUUAGUCCACAUUCUCCCAACCUUUGUAGUAGUUGUGGAAGAGGAUCUGCGAUUGGAAUUUGUUACUGAUUCAAGUAUAGGAGAGAGGAGAAAAAUCUUUGGCUGGACCGGCCGGGACCCUAGCAUUACUAGUCAGGUGCUCUAACCACUGAGCUAUUCAGGCCGAUAUUCACGGUCCGUAUAGCCCUUAUUACUACAGUUUUUUCCUCAUGAAGCCAAUCAGCACAAUAGAAGAAUGCUAAUAAUUUUAUAGUAAAUUCGAACCCAAGCAAUACAAUUGCCUGUGAAGUUUUAGUUUGACGUCAACCGUGCACAUCUCGAAUAUGAAUUUAUUGGGGACUGCAUGGGCACACAUAUAACGAUGUCGUAAAAUGGCAUGCAUACGCUCAGAAAGACAAUAAAACUAUCGAAAAUUAGCUGUAUAUUCAAACUAUUGGUACAAUUCUUAUACAUAUUUGCAUGUCUGCAUUUUAUGCAAAUUCGUGUUUUUCAAAAUAAUUUCAUUCUGUUGAUAGGUCAUGAUACAUGUAUAUGCAUUUAAUGCGAAUGCGUGUUUUCUAAGUAAUUUCAUUCUAUCAAUAGGUCACGAUAUCUGCAAUUUAUGCGAAUUCGUGUUUUCAAAGUAAUUUCAUUUCAUUUAUACAACCCCCGCUUUUAUAUUCCCUUACCGAAACACAAAGGUUCUGGCAAACAGUUGUGAUAAAUUUGCCGCAAGUUUGCAGCAAACCUCUGGCAAAUAUUUGCUGCAAGUUUGCUGCAAAUUUAUAAUUGCCAUGCAAAUGAUCUUUGUGGCAAACAGUUCUGGCAAGUUUGCGGCAAACAGUUCUGGCAAACUUGAGGCAAACGAUUCUGGCAAACAUUUCUGGCAUGCAUAUUGAUAGCAAUCUGGUUCUGGCAAAUUUGCAGCAAACAGUUCUUGUAAAUUUGCUGCAAACAGUUCGGCAAAUGUUCGCAGCAAACGAUUCUAGCAAGUUUGUGGCAAACAAUUUUGGGAAAUAAAUACUUGGAAUGAAGUAUUUAGUUGAAUCAUGACAAAAGUAUUUCGGAGUCGGGAUAAUCUGAUUUUUUCAAUGUCAUUGAUAAUGACACGUCAUGCCCAAGUACAUCUUCUUUUAGAAAAUUGUCUAAUUAAUGUAAAAUUGAUAUCAUAAUCAUAGUUCAUUGAAUUGUCAAAUCCAAGAGCGGUCAGUUUUCAUUUCAAAUAUUGAUUUGUGAUCUCCAAAUUUUGUAGAAACCACAGGCACUUGAAGCGUGUAUAUAAAGAUCUUAUGUACACCCCCCUCUACCCAAUGAUAAAACUAAUGUAAUUUAUCCUACUAAUUGACGACUUUAAAGGAGCGAGAUUAAAAGUUCAAUGUCUGACAAAAAACUAAGCAGUUGGGUAUAAAAGCAGCCAAUCGGUGAAAAUGGUGGAAUAUAUGAAUUUUCUGGUCACAUUCAGAUUGCAGCACUUAUUUUGCAAAAAUAAAGAUUAAGCUGUUGUACUGAAAUUUUAAAAUGGGUAUGCUUGUUCCCCUCAUAACUGUGCAUAUAUUGGCCAUAUCUAUUUUAGAUAUAAAUUCUCAUGAAGUUUUAAUUUUGGCCUAAAAAAUCUGAAGCAGGGCUAAAUUUGUAUUUCAAACUAGAGAUUGGCAGUUUGUGGGUGUGAUUAUCUUUUGUUAUUGUUUACACCGGAUGUUGACUCACAAAUUGCACGAGCAUGCUUGUCUAGUUCUAGAUAAGAGGGAUUGCACCAAAGGAAACAUGUAAUCAAAUCAAUGUACAACGUGGAAAAAGUACUUACUCAUAUAUCAUUGGUAUAGAGAUCACCAGUCAUGGAGGAUACCAAUGUUCAUGAUGCCGUGAAGGACUACUACGGCAAACAACUAAAGUCGGUCGAUGAUCUGAAGACCCAGGCAUGCGUGAUCGCGGGGAGAAAGGUCACUAAACCUGUCCGAGAGGCUGUUGCCGCUGUUCAUGAAGAGGUGGCUUCUAGGUACUUUGGAUGUGGGUUGGUGAUUCCAGAGAAGCUGAGAGGAAUGAAGAUCCUGGAUUUAGGAAGUGGAAGUGGGCGUGACUGUUUUGCUCUUAGUAAGCUGAUUGGACCAAAUGGUCAUGUGACUGGAAUUGACAUGACGGAUGAACAGAUAGCUGUUGCUCGAAAGUAUAUAGACUACCACACAGAAAAGUUUGGCUAUAAAGAAGCUAAUAUAGAAUUUGUAAAGGGUUACAUUGAAAGACUGCAGGAGGCGGGACUACAGAGGAAUUGCUUUGACAUCAUCAUUUCAAACUGUACGAUCAAUCUAUCCCCAGACAAGAGAGCUGUUAUACGGGAGGCUUUUAACGUGUUAAAGGAGGGAGGCGAGCUUUACUUCAGUGACAUUUAUGUCGACAGGCAGCUGGAUGAUUCUAUCAGAAAACAUAAAAUUCUGUGGGGAGAGGGUUUUUCUGGAGCCUUGUACUGGAAGGAUUUGGUCACAAUUGCUGCUGAAGUUGGAUUCAGUCGACCAUACCUCGUGACUGCAGUACCAGUAGCCGUUGAAAGGGAGGACUUUAAACAGAUCCUUGGUGAUGCUCGCUAUGCCUCUGUGACUUACCGACUCUUUAAACUUCCGCCCACUGCUAAUGAAGCGCCGACACAGGUCACCUACAAAGGCGAAAUAUCUGGCUAUGAGGAAGAAUUUAAGUUUGAUCAUCAGUACAUAAUCAAGAAGAAUGAUGUUCGCACGGUUCCUGGGCCAGUUGCUGCAUUCCUGAAGUGUUCGCGAUUCUCGGAUGAGUUUGAGUACCAUCCAUUCCCUAGGAACUCCUCUGACACAAAUGGAAUCACGUGUAACAAGGUGGAGUUUGAAAAUCCAUUUGAAUACCUGGAGAACCUGGCCAAGAAAGGAGAGAAAGUGAAACCCUUCAGUUGUGGUGGAUCAUAAAGUUCUGCUUAGACAUUACAAUUACAAAACGUACACAAAUACAAUACAGAGUAUUGCAUGAUAUUGUAUAUUCUUUAUUUUAUAUUGCUUAUAGGAGUUGUGGGAUUGAUCACUGUUCGUUAUCUUCACCUUUCAUAUGCAGUGUCUCUAGUUUUGUACAUGUAUAUAUAUAUAUGUCGAUUUGAUAUAUCCCUGUGAGCUCGAAAUAAAGGACACCACAGAGUCGUCCACUUCUGCUUCAUA